AUGGCCGCCAACUUGGGGUCGGCAUUGAACAAUGCCCACCCAAACACGUCUCUGGACGCGCCUCAUUCCGAAUGGGACGUGAUCAAUGUCCCCAGAAUGCACGCCAGUAGCCAACCCUUUGAACAGCAAGCGGCUUUCGCCCUGUUUUACCCAAAUGGCCUUCCCAUCACUUACCAGAUGGAGCACGGCAAAGACUCUGGGGGAGUUCCGCAGUACUAUCUUGAGAACCAUCUCCCUACUCGCUUUUAUACCAACCCUCCGCGGUUCGCGGCCGCAAAGUUCUCAACCUUUAAUGGGCAGGGUCCAUUUCGCGCCAUGGGCGAUCUCUUGCCUGAUCGCCGAGUCCAUCUCUGGAAUAAGGACGAGAUUCAGUCUGUGUGCAACUCUCUCCGCCGCGUCUUCAAAGCACAAAUGAAGAGGCUGCAGCGUCCCACCCGCUGGGACCACCUCUGGGAGUUUUUCGACGCGUACGACAUGUACCACUACGGCGCUCUGAAUCUCUGGAACGUCAUGAACACCCUCUACGACGAGAACUGCAUCAUUGCCCAGGGUUGCAACGCCGAAAUGGCCCUCGAAGUCGGCUACUUUGUCGAUUCAUGGAUCAAGACGCCCGAGAACCGGGAGUCGCUCAAGCAGUGGAACGAACUUGACGGCCCCAUCUGGUCUAUUCUCUCUGCCGAUGACUGGAAGGAGAUUAGAAAUCUCGAGGACGAAGAUGCCUCGCUGCUCAAGUCGGCCCUCCUUUACCGAAGGGACAUCCUUCUCGCGGGCGACGAGUAUCCGCACAACAAGCCGCCCACCGACUUGAUGACCGCUUGCCAGUCUGGAGAACUGGUGAAUUGGCUUGCUGAUGCCCCGGUUUUGGGCCAAAACGGCAUGCCUACCCUUCCGUCCUCGGAGCCAGUCAACGGCUCGCCGAAUGGGAUGAAUGCUGCUGCCCCUUGCUUCGUUCAGCAGGGCUACAUCUAUCAUCCCAGGGGACCUGAUGCUUCCCGGCAAGGACCGGUCGGGAAGUCAGCGGCUGUCCAGGCUUUGCAGAAAUCGGCCGACGCAGCCACAACGAAGCGAGGCACUGUCAUCGCGGGAAAUGGAGUCGUCAUCGCCAUGGGGAGCAGCAAGCCUCCCCCAGGCUGGGAGAAGAGGAUCAUGGAGUCUGCCGCACCGAAAGCGGCUGAUGAGGCGUCGAUGGAAGAGUCCAAGCCCACGCCUGUUGCAGAGCCGGUCCACCCCAAGGACGAGCCGGAGGUCAAGAAAACAGACCCUCAGGGUGCCAAGGUCGAGCCUGAUCCCGACUGCAGUGAGAAUGCUGCUCCCACUGCCAAAGGACCAAGGGCCACUGCCAGUUCUCCCGAUCUCGGAAGCUUUAGCAAGUCGAGCAAGGAUCCCAACGAAGAAGCUCCCUCGACCAAGCCGCUGCCCGAGAGCAAGCUCGAGACUGAGUCAGAGGGCAAGCCAGACCAGCCCCACAAGCAUGCCGACAUUGCGAAUGACGGCAAGAAAAGCUACACAGUUCAGGAGCCGGAAGGCCCAAAGAAGGAAUCAUCGGGAGCUGGUGAAGCUGGUGAAGCUGGUGAAGCGGAUGAGCCGAAGCUGCUCGUGGACGAAAAGCCCAAGAAUCAAGGACAGCAGUUCGGCCCUCGGCCAGUCCACAAAGGCCGUGGCAAUGCUCCCCAGCUCCCGUAUCGUCCACCGCUCGCCAACGCUUCGCAGCGCAACUACACUGCACCCGGCGUCCCGCGUGUUGGCCGUGCUCCUUCGGUUGCCGACGGACAGUGGCCUCCUGCCGAGCCAUCCCAGCUCGAACCUGGAAACCGGGCUCCUUCGACGUCCCCCAAAGGCGGUAACUGGUAUGGGAGCCGCAACGCUAAGGGCAGAGGCCGCGGAGGCUUUUCUGGGCAGAGGGGCGACAGAGCCUCGAGCCAGCACCUCGGAGACGCUUACUACGGUAACAAUGGCCGCGACGAGAGAGCUACAUGGCAAGGGUCCUGGCGCGUUCAAGCCGGGCCGCACAACGAAGCUUAUGCCAACAUCGAGUGCCGCAACAACAAUCCAAAUGGCAGGUACACGUACUGGCCAUGCAGCUGUGCCUUUUGCCAUGAGCGGAACCGAGGUGUUUGGGUCCUGGUCAACGAGCAAUCGGAGGUGCCAGCCGCCGAUGUUCAGGCACGCCUUCAUGUGGGAAUGGCAGGCAAAUUCGGUCCUGUUGAAGCGGUGCUUCCUAUGCCGGGCCACGACAAGCUGGCAUUCGUUGUCAGGUUCCAGAACGAGGCGUCAGUUGCGGGUGCUCUUCGCUUCGGCCGCGGCUUCAUCCCUGAGAAGCAGCUCUCCGUGAUCAUCAGCGCCCUUCAUCGGUCGAAGUGGAUCAAUGAGGCGUUUCGCAGUUCGUCCAGAAACACCCAGGGAGGAGCGCAAUUCCAGGAGUGGGCUGCGGGCCCUGUCAACCCGGCGACUGGAGACGAGCGGGAGCCGCCGAAGCACGCUAAGGCUCAGUCCAAGCCGCCCUCUGAGGAGGCCUUGGAUCCAGUGAAUCCGGUUGCUCCAGGCGGGCCAUCGACUCCAACCGGCCAGAGAAGCGAGACCUCUCCAACUGCCAAGGCUCGCGUGGCUCUGCCAACCAUGUCUCCUCAGGAAGUCCAUGACAAGGAUGGUGGGAAGCCCAAGGCCAAAGCGCCCGAAGCGAAGCCUGACAACCAAGGCCAGAGCUCCAAGCCUGCCGCAGAUGCCAAGGACACCACAGUGGCAACGAAGGCGCAACAGUCGAAGGCGGGCAAUGAGCCGCAGCAAAAGGCUGGCUUGGGAGGCAAGGCGAGAGCUCCUAGCAUCUUCACGGAGGAGCAGAUCAAGGGCAGGAAGCAGGCUUGGGAUAGGAUUCCUAUGCCCCUGAAUCCGCACAAGGUCGGAAAGCCAGCCAAUGCCGUCUCUGGCGAGCCCGACAUCAAGUCCAGCAAGUCUGAGGAAGCUCAACACCCAGCGGACACUGAGAGUCCGAAGUCGCCUUUGAGAAUGGAGAUAACCUUGGGAGACGACUCUUCGUCUAUAAAGUCUGAUUCUGGCGGCUCAAAGACAACCACCCAAGAAGUCUUUGAGAAACGGUAUUCGUCGGACAAGUCGGGGAAGGCGUCCAACAGCUCGGCCAAUGAUGCCGCUGCAUCGUCCAACCAACCUGCUGGCCAAGCUUCGGGCGAUGAGUCCAGCAAGCAAGAUGCGAACGCGGCGAGCGACCCCAAGAGCGGACCGGCCAGCACGGGCCAGGGCCCUGGGCAGGAAACGCUCAAGGGAAAGAACAGGAAGAAGAACAAGAAGGCCAAGCGAGUGACGACAUCGACAUUUGCACCGCACGCAGGAUCGGCUCGGGAUGGUCAGCAGGUGUCGGUGCAGAGAGACGAUGAAGUCGGUCAAGGUCGAGAGCUUUCGGGUCCCGCCUUGAAUAUGGACGCUCGCACUGCUGGUCUUGAGACUGCAAAAUCUCCAGGACAGUCUUCUUCUCAGGUUGCCAGUGCGGCUGGGGUACGGGGCGACGAGCUGUCCCACCGAGGCCCCAACCUGGCGACGGAUGAAGGCAAAGCAGCUGGAUCGACGUCCCAGGGCCAGAACGACAACAGCGAGGGAGAUCGCCCGGCAGCCAGUGGCUCAAAGUCGCGACCCGCCCACUACGGUCCCAAGCAGGAGUACAGAGCCGACGCCGGCGGCUCGCUGAGAAUGCAAAAGAAGCGCCGUAAUCGACCGCACGCCAUCGACACGCAGAGUGCCGAUUCCCAUGGGAACUCUGCCGGUACUCCUUCCUCAUCCUCCACGUCUUCCUUUGAGCUCCUCUCACGCAACGGCUCAGAUGUCAACAUUGUCCGCCACGGACAGCAGGGAGCAGUCAAGGAUGCAGCGCCCAACCCUGGCCUCAACCCGCUUGCCCUGACGUUUGUGUCCCCGAGCCACGCAGCGCCGGAGAACAAGGGUGCGAACGCGGGCAAGGGAGGCGGAUACCGCGGCGGCUCGACCAAGGGCGGCUCUGGACGGGCCCCGAACCAUCAGUCGCCUACCCGUAAAGACGCGCGAGAGGCCCUUGGGCAGAAGCAGCUCGAGUCCAAGGAGACUACGGAGCACAAUAUUGAAGCUGAGAAAAAUAUACUUGGGCAAAAGGAUGCUGCUGCGUCUCAGGCCCAGGCCUCGAAGAAGACCAAGUCGCGGUCUGAGGCAAAGAAGCAGGAUGGCUCGCCUGUCUCGGCCAAGGAAGCGACGAAGAACAAGAAGAAUGUGUACGUCGAGGAGUGGCCGUCUCUGCCCAGCCCCGAGCUCGUGUCGCCCACCUCGACGGCAGCGCCCCGAGCGAGCCUUUCCAAGGGGAAGCAGCGCGCGGUCGCCGACGACACUGAGGGAAGGUCGGGCACGCAGUCGCCUGUGACGGGCGAGGCUGGCGAAGGACAGACGGGUGGAGGCAAAGGCGGAGCAGAUGGCGGAGUUGAAGGCUGA